AUGGACAAGCUAUUGGUACGUCAGAGCGAACUUAUGGUCACAAUAGAGCGCAUCGGCGUUAACUUUAGCAAAGACAGCUCUAGUGGCAAGACUCUGGACUACUCGUAUAUUGAGAAGAGGAUCCGAGCGUUAGGUGACUUGUGGAGUGAGUUUGAAGCCAUUGUCAGAACUCUCGCAAGUUACGAGGAUAACCAGCACGAAUACUUCGCCAAAAACAUAUUUGCUCGUAUCAAGGAGUACUAUGAAUCUACGAGGCGCUACGUUUAA